AUGACUGCGGAACAGGACGCCGAGCAGCUCUGGCUGGGCGAAUUGCGUGUCCAAAUUAUCGAUCCGCGGAAGGAGACGCCUGGUGCUCAGCCGCAAGAAGAUGGUGAUGAGGCAGCGUCGACGUCGACACAAGGCCGAUCACCCACGUUUGUGUCUUAUGGCGUGCGCGCUGAAACGACGCUUCCUCACUUUUCACGCUCGCACAUGGUGACUCGUAAACGUUUUCAGGACUUUGUGUUCUUGCAUCAUACGCUCGUGACAGAUUUUCCUGCGUGUAUUGUGCCGCCAUUACCGGACAAACACCGCAUCGGUUACUUGACGGGCGAUCGAUUCAGUGUGGAAUUCAUCAUGCGACGAUGCAUGGAGCUCCAGCUCUUCUUGGAACGCAUUUGCAGGCACCCUAUUCUGCAGCGCGCCGAGAUUGUGCAGCGGUUCCUGGAGUCAAAGGAAUGGCACAUUGAUAUGCAUACACAUGCGGGUCAUCGCAUCGCAAGUACAUCGGCAGCGGAUGCGCUGCCGCUCCCACCACCAACGUCUUCUGGACUGCUAGAGUCGGUGAGCGACAUGUUUGUGAAUGCUUUUACGCGUGUCCGUAAACCAGACCCACGGUUUGUCGCGAUUAAGGCGGAUUUAGAGGGCGAGGAGGACCGUGCUACGCAGUGGGAGCGUGUCCUCUUGCGCAAUCGGAUGCAUGUAUCAGUGGCGGCUUUUGACGAAUUGUAUGCUGCACAUUUGGGCGCCUCGACUGAAGACUUGACCUCUGAUUACCACGAUGUAGCAACAGCGUUCGAACAGCUGGGUGAACUAGAAACGGGCAUGACGCAAGACGUACAGCGCACGGGUCAGGCAUUGCACGAGUUUGCUGAGCUCGAGUCGCGAUUCACCUUCCGUGUGCUGGACGAUAUGCUCACCAUGCUUCGUGCGAAGCAGACCUAUAUCACUGCUCACAAAACGCUACUCAAACACCGAGAAGCGAAGCAACUUGACUUUGAAGGGCUCACUGACUAUCUGCAUUCGACGGUCACAGAACGCGACCGCCUCGCCAACCUCGGCACACCCGAUGGCGAGCCUGUGCACGGCAAUGUCCGCGGCAAGGGUAUGCGCGGCUACAUGCGCCACAUGGUCGACCGCGUUUGGGGCGUCGACGAGGAGCAGGCGCGUAUUGAUCGUAUGCAGCGCUUAGAUGGCCGGAUUGAUGAGUUGCAAGACGCCGUGUCACAGUCGCACGCACAGUCGCAGGCUUUUAAUCAGCACGUGGCCAAGGAGCACUAUAUCUACGAGCUUGGCCGUCGUCGCGAGGUGCAGCAGUCGCUUAAGCUGUACGUCGACGGCCACGUUGACAUGUAUGAGCAGGGCGUCCGCAUGAUGGACGAUCUGAUCCGAGCACUAGAAAGUGGCACCGCCGACCCGGAGGAGCUGGCGGGAAAUGACACAACCACCACAUCUGUAUAG